AAACGAAUCAAUAUUCGGCAGGCGCUGUUUGAACCUUUGUGCUACACUUCUUGAUAAAAAUAUUUUGCUUGGAUGGCGUCGGAAGCUUUUGCUUAAACAACUUUUCAUUAUUGUGUGAUGAAAACAAGCUGUUUUUGGAAAAAUGCAUAUAAAACAGGUUAUUAUACAGGGUUUCAAAAGUUACCGUGAGCAAACUGUGGUGGAGCCAUUUGACAAGAGGCAUAAUGUUGUGGUCGGAAGAAAUGGUUCAGGAAAAAGUAAUUUCUUCUACGCUAUCCAGUUUGUUCUCAGCGACGAGUUCACCCAUCUACGGCCAGAACAGCGCCAAGCGCUUCUUCACGAAGGUACUGGAGCACGUGCAAUGUCUGCCUAUGUAGAAAUCAUUUUUGACAACUCGGAUAACCGUGUACCGAUCGACAAAGAGGAAAUUUUUCUGCGUCGAGUUAUUGGCGCUAAGAAGGAUCAGUAUUUUCUCAACAAAAAGGUGGUUCCACGGUCAGAGGUUGUGAAUCUACUGGAGUCGGCAGGAUUUUCGAACUCAAAUCCAUACUAUAUCGUCAAGCAGGGUAAGAUUAACCAGAUGGCAACUGCUCCCGAUUCGCAUCGGCUAAAACUACUAAGGGAAGUAGCUGGAACCCGUGUGUAUGAUGAGCGGAAGGAAGAGUCUAUGAAUAUCCUUAAAGAAACUGACGGAAAGGUAGAAAAAAUCACCGAGUUUCUGAAAACUAUAGAAGAUAGAUUGAAGACACUUGAAGAAGAAAAAGAGGAACUGAAAGAGUAUCAGAAAUGGGACAAGGCUCGACGUACCUUGGAGUACAUUAUUCACGAGACUGAACUCAAGGAGAAUAAGAAGCAUUUAGAUGAGUUGGAGCACCAGCGGAAGAGCUCGGGAGACAAACAGAAAUUGUUUACUCAGGAGAUCCAAACCGCACAAGACAAGAUAAAGAAUGCACAAAAGUCAUUGAAGGAUGCGAAAAAAGACGUAACCACCACCAAGGAUGAAAAGUCGGUUCUUACAACGGAACAUCAGCAGUUGCUGCGUGAGAAAACUAAGCUAGAUUUGACCAUUUCGGAUCUGACUGACGAAGUACAAGGCGAUAACAAGUCGAAGGAACGUGCGGAAUAUGAACUCAAUCGUUUGAAAAUCACUAUCGCAGAAAAAGAGAAAGAACUUGAGGCCGUGCGCCCUCGUUACGAAGCCAUGCGUAGAAAAGAGGAAGAGUGCUCAAGGGAGCUUAAUUUGAAGGAACAAAAACGCAAAGAACUAUAUGCAAAACAAGGUCGUGGCUCACAGUUUUCAUCUCGUGAGGAGCGUGACAAAUGGAUUCAGGGUGAACUCAAAUCAUUAAACAAACAAAUCAAGGAUAAGAUUGCACAUCAGAAUAAACUGCAUGAAGAUUUGAAAAGGGACGCUGCUAAACAACAAGAUUUGGAGAAAAAAAUUGAAGAGCAUACAGAAUCGUUUGAGCGAUUGCGGGUUCAAAUCGAUGAACAUAAUAAAAAUUACUACGAACUCAAGAAGAAAAAAGAUCAUUUCCAAACCAUUCGCAACGACAUUUGGAAAAAGGAAACCCAAGUUACUCAGACUCUUUCCGGUAACAAGGAGGAACUGGCCAAAGCUGAUCAAGCAUUGCGAUCGAUGGCCGGAAAACCGAUUUUGAAUGGACGUGAUUCUGUGCGUAAAGUUCUGGAAAGCUUUUCUCAAAGGGGCGGCCAAUUCGGUGAUAUUGCCAGAUCAUAUUAUGGUCCUGUAAUCGAAAAUUUCAAUUGCGAUAAAUCGAUCUACACGGCGGUAGAGGUGACAGCGGGAAACAGAUUGUUUCACCAUAUUGUAGAAUCGGAUCGUGUCGGCACUCAGAUCCUCAAGGAAAUGAAUAAGCAGAAACUUCCGGGUGAGGUUACAUUCAUGCCCUUGAAUCGGCUGCAAGUUCGGAUUCACGAUUACCCGGAAGACCCGGAUUCAAUUCCGAUGAUAUCCAAGCUAAAGUAUGAAGAGCAGUACGACAAAGCAUUGCGCUACAUUUUCGGCAAGACGCUCAUCUGCCGUAAUCUGGAACGCGCCACAGAGUUAGCUAAAAGUACCGGCCUAGAUUGCGUAACGUUGGAGGGAGAUCAGGUUUCGUCGAAGGGUUGCCUAACUGGAGGUUACUUCAAUACGUCUCGAUCGCGACUGGAAAUGCAGAAGAAGCGAUCCGAGUAUUUGCAAAUGAUUGAUGAUUUGGAUAAAGAAUUAGGAGAAUUCCGAACAGAGCUCAAGCAGACAGAAUCUAGCAUCAACAGUGUCGUCUCCGAGAUGCAAAAAACUGAAACAAAGCAAGGAAAGUCAAAGGAUGCGUUUGAAAAAAUCCAAGCGGACAUUCGUCUGAUGAAAGAUGAGCUAACGCGUAUAGAACGCUUCCGCAACCCGAAAGAGCGUUCCUUGGCGCAAUGUAAAGCCAACUUGGAAGCCAUGAACAGCACCAAGGAUGGAUUGGAAAAUGAACUUCACCAAGAGCUGAUGUCGCAGCUUUCGGUGCAGGAUCAGCAUGAGGUAGAUCAAUUGAAUGAUGAAAUCCGGAAACUUAACCAGGAGAACAAGGAGGCGUUCACUGCUCGUAUGAGUUUGGAAGUAACCAAAAAUAAGCUGGAAAAUUUGUUGACCAACAAUCUGUUCCGCCGCAAAGAUGAAUUGGUCCAAGCGUUGCAAGAAAUUUCGGUGGAAGAUCGUAAACGUCAGCUUACAAAUUGUCGUACUGAGCUUUCGUCGACAGAGAAGCGUAUCAAGAAAGUAUUGAGCGAUGUUGAUGAAAUCGAUAAAAAAGUUAGCGAAGCUGUGAAACAACAGAAAGCACUUCAAAAGGAGCUAGAACUUUGGAUGCAGAAAGAAAAGGAAGCUCAAGAUAAGAUGGAUGAGGAUUCCAAGCGCAUGGAGAAAUGGGCUGCUAAGGAGAAUUUGUUGCAUCAGAAGAUUGAGGAAUGCACUGAAAAGAUUGCAGGUCUCGGAGCCCUGCCUCAGGUCGAUCCAUCUUACCAGAGAAUGUCGUUGAAAACGCUUUUCAAGGAAUUAGAAAAGGCCAAUCAUCACUUGAAGAAGUACAACCAUGUGAACAAAAAAGCACUGGACCAAUUUCUAAGCUUUUCUGAGCAGAAAGAAAAAUUGUAUAAGCGAAAGGAAGAGCUCGAUAUCGGUGGCGAGAAAAUUCGUGAACUGAUGCAGAAUCUCGAGAUGCGCAAGGUUGAAGCCAUACAGUUCACAUUCAGACAAGUAGCAGCCAACUUCACAGAGGUCUUCAAAAAACUAGUGCCGCAAGGAUCCGGUCAUUUGAUUCUAAGAACACAGAAAGAUACCGAAGGCAACGAUAUGGAAAAAGAAGUGGAAACCUCAGAUGAGUUUACCGGUAUUGGAAUUCGAGUGUCUUUCACCGGCGUAGAUGCCGAAAUGCGUGAAAUGAAUCAACUCUCCGGUGGCCAGAAAUCUCUGGUAGCGCUGGCUCUAAUUUUUGCCAUCCAGAAGUGCGAUCCGGCACCAUUUUAUCUUUUUGACGAAAUUGAUCAGGCAUUGGAUGCCCAACAUCGAAAAGCAGUGGCAGACAUGAUUCAUGAACUGAGCGAUAAAGCACAAUUCAUCACGACGACCUUUAGACCUGAGCUGCUGGAAAAUGCUCACAAGUUCUACGGAGUUCGGUUCCGUAACAAGGUGAGUCAUGUCGAUUGUGUAACUCGCGAAAUUGCUAGAGACUUUGUGGAAGACGACACUACACAUGGUUAAAUUUCAUUCUUUUAUCCACUGCUAUUAGAUACAUUGUGAUUCACAACAUUGAUCGAAAUUCAGUUUUA